UAGGGAUCGAAAAUACCAGCGAAGGAGAUGGAUCUCCACAUCUGGUGGCUUAGUCCGAUAAUUAAGGUUUCAGCGGCGCGAGGAAGGGUCAGGGGGAACAAAGUGCUGUGCUGUGCCUCCCGUCCUAACUUGUCCUGGCGAUGUCUUCGUCGCCAUCUGCGAUCAAGACCACAACACCUGCACCGAUUACACCAUGUUCUUCGUCAACAUCAGCCCAGCCGGCUGGCAUGACAAAACGGAACCUGGGUUUCGCUUUUUCAGCCUUUACACCGACCAACUACCCGACUGUUCCAUACUCCACCGUAUUGAGUAAGAGAAAAAAGGCAAAAGAUGCAACAUCCGUAGGUGGAUCCACCGCCAUUGCCCGAACUAUUAUUAUGCAGAGUUUGUAUUUAUUUUACAGAACCCCUGUCAAGCUGUUCCGGCCAUUGCGUGUUGACUAUCUUAUUAUGGCGAGAGCGUUGAUGCCAGUAGAUGACAAAACAAGCAAACGAUUCUCAUUCCGCUAUACAUCCAUUGGUAUGAUUACCCAUGCUGUAAAAACAAAAGGGUGGAACUUUAUACCUCGACAUAUCUUGCCGCCUUUGCUUGCGAAUACCAUGAUCGGAACCGUAUUAUACACGACGUACAUCGUCUCACUCCCAUUAUUCCAUUCUCCCUGCGCAUACCAACUCCAUCGACCUUUUCCUCCGCCCCCCUUUUCGUCCGUAUUUCUCGCAGGUUGUCUCGCUGGUGCAGCUCAAUCUAUAGUAGCGACCCCACUCGACUCGCUCAAAGUACGUUUUGAAGUCAGCGACCUAUUGGAAGGCAAGCAUCGAUCCAUGUAUCAAUUUGCCAAAUCGACAUUGAAAGAGCUUGGCCUUGCUAGUGCUUACAGAGGCUUCACACUAACGUUAAUGAGGGAUUCGCUGGCUUGUGGACUGUUUUUCGCUACAUUUGAAUGGGUCAAACAGCAAGGUUAUUACUAUUUUUUGGAUGAAAUGUAUCAUCUGAAAGUGGAUUCUACCAAGACGUUGAGCGAUUUAGAGAGUGGAUGGAAUGACAUUAUCCAUUCCUCGAGUCACGAGCAAGAAACGGCGAUACCAGAGACUGGUGUGAAAAAGGAACGUCCGCCUCUGCUGUUGGAACCCAUGUUCGUCAUUUUGGCGGGCGCUGCCGCGGCCAUUGCUUACCAGGUGAUUGAUCAUCCGUUUUCGAGAAUUCACAGUAUUUUUUACAUUGCCGAAGGCCAGUCAGAGUUUGCUCAUAAAUCCUCGCGCGAACCGGUGCGGAAACUUUAUGCGCGCACUUGGGAGCAAUGUAAAAUUCAAAUGAGGCUUCACAACGGAAGUUGGCGAAAAUUUUUGUAUCAUGAAUUCGGCAGCACCGUGCUCAAAGUGGUGCCUGCAACAAGUAUCGGGUUCCUGGUAUUUGAACUAGUCAAGCGCGAAGUUGACUUUCGCAGGCUCGAUUUUGACGCCAUCACUGAUGCAAUGCAGGACUAAAUUUACUUGAAGUCGGCUUAUAGGGUCCAUUAGCUAUGGAUAUAAAAUGAUGUAACAAUGUAUAAAAGAAACAAAGCUAAUGCUAUGUACAAAACAAAUAAAAUUUUUAAUUUACA